GACGAUGGUUAUGCAGACUAUGAUGAUGAUUGCGAUGCUCAUAAUUAUUAUUGCUAAUUUGGGAUGAGUACAAAUGCACUGAAACACCUACAACAAAUUCCCAAACCAUACGUCCCUGCACCCAUCCAUUAUGAUUACGAUGAUUACGGUCACGGUGCUCAGUAUGAAUAUGUGCCGCAAUACAGUGGUCACUAUGGUGGCGGCGCCGGUUAUAAUGGCCACUACGAAGGACACUACGGUGGACACCAUGGGGGGCAUUAUGGUGGCCACUACUGAAAGAACGAAAUGCACGCAGCCAGCAUUUUAGAGCAGAGUACAACUCUCCCAGCAUCAUUAAAGGGAUGGCGUUAAGUUUACGCUAACCAUCAUUGACUCUUCAUGUCCUCCUUCCGUUUUCCAAACUGCCUGUCUUCCACUUAAUCGCCAAUGCUUUUAAUACACACAUAUUUUUUAACUGAAACUACUAUAAAACGCUACUAUCCAUCAAUUAGCUUAUAAGUCUGUAUUGCUUUUAAUGUAAUUUGUUUUAUUGGUUGUUGUACAAUAUAAAUUGUGAGCAAGCUUUAAGUAUCCAAUAUUGUUGCAAAUUUUUAUGUGCAUAUGAUAAUUAUCGAUUCAAAUAUUUACUUAGUUGCAAGUUAAUUAACAAAUAAUACACACUGCAUUCGAUCUAAAAUGUUGUCCACCAUUCUUGUAAAAAAAAAAAACUAUUUAUAUGAACGUAUGUAUGUAAGCGAAGAAGAUGAUUUACGU